AUGAGAUUGACCCAGAUUCUUAGAUCAACACAAGUCUUGGUGAGAACGAGCCAGGGUAACCCAACAGGUAUCACUGGACUCUUUCAACACCCUAACCCACGUCCUGCGCUCUUGGAGAUUUACAAGGCCACGUUGGAAUAUGUGGGCAAGGAGUUUCCUCAAGAGUCCGUUUACAAGAAGAGCGUGACCAACUUCACAAAGAGCAGAAUGGACAUCGUCGAGUCCACCGAAAGCGUUGAGGAGAUCGAGCAGAAAAUCGGUAAUGGCCUGAUCGAGGAGGUUCUGAUCCAAGCCUCUGAUGAGUUGGAACUUGCAAAGAAGAUGAAACUGUGGGAAUCUUGGAAGGAGCUGGAGGACAAACCGUUGGAGGACCAGUGGGUUUAUUUCGGCAAGAAGAUCUGA